ACAAUCGAUCAUUAAGCAUUCCUAUAAAUUGGACCUCCUUUGUAGAUUCUAGUCUCUUCGCUUGUUAUUUUCUUUAACCAUUGCCCACAUGAAUUCUCUUCUACCGUGCUUGUUUGUGGUUAUUCUUCCAAUUCUUUACAAUGUUGCCGCCGAUUGUUCUAAUGGAAGUUGCAAGCUUCUUGAUGAGUGUUCGUCCGAUGGUGAUUGUGGCGCCGGGCUCUAUUGUUUUUCCUGUCCACUUGGGUUUUUAGGCUCAAGGUGUGUGAGAUCAACCAUCACAAAUCAAUUCAAGCUCGUAAACAAUUCUCUACCAUUCAACAAAUAUGCAUUUUUGACAACGCACAAUGCUUUUGCCAUUGAUGGGGAGCCAUCUCACACAGGCGUGCCUCGAGUAACUGUCACCAACCAGGAAGACAAUGUCACUCAACAACUAAAUAAUGGCGUGCGGGCACUAAUGCUUGAUACAUAUGAUUUUGAUGGAGACGUGUGGUUAUGCCAUUCAUUUGGAGGCCAAUGCCACGACAUCACAGCUUUUGAACCUGCUAUAGACACAUUGAAGGAAAUUGAAGCUUUUCUAUCAGAAAAUCCAUCAGAAAUUGUCACAAUUAUCUUGGAAGACUAUGUUCAUGCCCCAAAUGGUUUGACAAAGGUAUUCACUGAAGCCGGUUUGAUGAAAUAUUGGUUUCCUUUGACAAGCAUGCCAAGAAAUGGUCAAGAUUGGCCUCUAGUGAGUGAUAUGGUUGCCAAAAACCAGAGAUUACUAGUGUUCACUUCUAUCAAGUCCAAGGAACAAAGUGAAGGCAUUGCUUAUCAGUGGAAUUUCAUGGUUGAAAAUCAAUAUGGGGAUGGUGGUAGGAAAGAAGGGAGUUGUUCAAAUAGGGCAGAAUCACCUCCUCUUAAUGACAAAAGCAAAUCCUUGGUGUUGGUGAACUAUUUUCGAACAGUUCCACUUAAGGAAAUCACAUGUGAUGAUAAUUCGGGUGGACUAAUUAACAUGCUACACACAUGUUAUGGUGCUGCUGGUAACCGGUGGGCUAAUUUCGUUGCUGUUGAUUAUUACAAGAGGAGUGAGGGAGGAGGAUCGUUUCAAGCAGUAGACACUCUCAAUGGAAAGAUUUUGUGUGGAUGUGAUGAUGUUCAUACAUGUGUGCCUGGAUCAACAUCACAUGCUUGCACACCACCAUAAGAAAAUCUUAGUAACAAGACCAACCAUCUGAAAUAAUUCAGGCAUUAAAUUAUUGUCAUUUUUUUGUUAUUAAAAUCAUUAUUGUUUGAGAUUAACUCAUUGGCAAGUAGCUAAUCCAAGGCAACACUAAGAAUAUCCAUUACAGUAAAUUCAUUAAAAGAAUUUGGUCUUGAAUUCAAAUAUUCAUUAU